CCAGGUUCAAGUACCUUCAACUUCUGACACAACAUACUGGUGUUCAGGCUUCACGCUGCCCAGUUUCAGUGGCGUUCAUCACAUGAUUAAGGCAGAGCCGAUAGUUCAAGUUGGGAACGAAGCUAUCGUGCAUCACUUUAUAGUGUAUGCCUGCAACCACCAGUUCAACUUCACUGACCACGCCAAUUAUAGCGAGUCAUGCGGUGCGAGGAGAAAUAUGCCUCCAGAUCUUGAAUUAUGCCAACAAAUGCUGAUGGCGUGGGCAAUUGGAGGUGAGGCUCAGGUGUAUCCAGAAAAUGUUGGCUAUCCUUUUGGAGGUGAAGGUGAUCCCACUUUUAUUUUGUUGGAAACACACUUUGACAAUCCAGCUCUGAGAAAUGAUUACGUGGACUCAUCGGGUGUGCGUUUUACCUUUAUACCACGUCGUCGACAGUUUGAUGCAGGGAUAAUGGACGUUGGCGUUAUGGUCUCUAGAAACCACGUCAUUCCACCAUACUAUGACGAAUUCUACAGCUGGGGACAGUGCUCCGACUGUUUGGAAAGUGGUUUAGUAAACGUGCCAGAGGGAAUCAAUGCAUUUGGUGCAGUGCUGCACACUCAUUUGGCGGGAACUUCAAUUUACCUUAGGCACUUCCGGGACGGAGUAGAACUUCCGUAUAUGGCAUACGACGAAAAUUACGACUUCAACUAUCAGGAGUACAGGUAUUUCAAAGAACCGAAGAAAAUAAUGCCGAAUGAUGAUUUGGUCACCCAUUGCAAAUACAAAAGCAGUGAUCGAACAAGUGUCACGUGGGGAGGACUCGGUACUAAAGAAGAAAUGUGCCUGGCGUUUAUUAUGUAUUACCCACGAGUAAACCUGACAAACUGCAUCAGCGCACCGCUGCAGUCGGAGCUGAUAAAAAUAGUUCCAGGAGUGACGUCAGCGUCCAAUGACUACGGCUUCAAUGCGAUUAUCCAAGCACCAUCGCAAUACGCAGGACGCAGAUUUCCAGAUGUCAUGGAAAACUUGGUCAACUGGCAAGACGUGCAGACUCGUGAUAGAUUCCAAGAUCUUGAGCUGAAUUCUACUCGGGCGCAAUAUUGUGCUGGAAUAAACGGAUAUGGACACGGAGGUCUAAUCCAACGUCUCCAGAUCACAACACCGUACGUGUUACCCCAGGUAUCCUGCCCCGCCACCACGACCCCUGCUGUAACCACGCCAGGAGUCACCAUUGGAUCCAUAUCGUCUGCUGAUAGAACGAUGUCCGUUACCAUGGCAACAGUUCUGUGCAGCUUGUUUUCACUCCUGCUGAAGAUGUGAUGGGAUGGGAUGCAGAAGACAUUCAAACAACGAGAAAAUGAUUCUUUCAAGAUCAGAAUUUUCUUGCAGUUGUAGACAUAACUGUUUUUGAGCAAGCAUGUGAAUUUAUGGGUCGACCUAUUUCGGCUUUUUUUCCUUAAAUUAUAUAUUUUGGUCAAAUAUAAAACAUACUGAAAACCUUUAAUCACCACGCCCGGAUGUAUAUACACUGUUGGAACUGCUACAGUACGUUCAGCUUUAUUUUCCAUAUGUGAAUUUGGUUGACAUUGUUCUGCAUAAAGAAAAUGAAUCAUUAAUCCAAACGUGACAACAUCAAAUCCAACGGAGGAAGGGUUCUUUGUUCCCACUUUUGUAAUAUCCUUAAGCAUUUAAAGGAUAGGAGAUACCAAACUGGCAUUUUAUAUUCUAUGCAUUAUGAAUACCUGUAGUGCAUUAUAGGAACAAUACAUGUAAUCGGAUUUUUAUUAAGUAGGACAUGUCUUCUUCAUAUAUAUUUUCAUUAUAUUCUUUAUGUUAAAUUUGUAUACUGUGUCACAUAAACUUAGUACACAGGUACACCCGAAAUCACCGGCGCUUGAACACAAAACAAAUUAUUGACACAGGCGCACAUACUGAAUAUUACAAGUAUAUUAAUUCACACUAAAAGAAGGGAUGGACGGCAUAAACUGUAUCCUCAGUACGCGCACCUAAAGGUACAUGGGGAGGCGAUAUAGAUUCUGCGAUAGCCGUGUCAUUUGCACAAAAACGACGAAGUGCAAAAGUAGCAGCACUUGUUUGUUUUGACAGUGCUUUUCCAAUUUUUCCAGUAGAAUUUCUUUGUCUGGAUAAUGUUUCUAAAAACUUAUAGAAUGUAGGACAAUGUCUAAAUACCCUAUUCAUGCACCACGGUAUCUUAUUCUAGUACAUAUCUAGUAUUCGGAAACAUCAUAUAGAAAGGAGUACUUUAUUUAUUUAUUUAUUUUAGGGGGAUAUUAGCCUGUAUUUUAUUCACGACUGAGAAAGGUAAAUUACCCAUGCACAUAUAUUUAUGUAUAAGCUUUAACAAAAAACGUACACAUUCAUAGACCGACUAGCACACAAAUACAAGCCUAGACUCACAUUCCGACAAACGCCAUCACAAACAAACAGUACUGUUAUGAAUUAGAGUUGGUAUAAUUUGGAUUGUGUUGGAGGUGACACAGUACAUUGUGGUGUCCCUCUGGUGGGAGUUUUGAACCAUGUGAUGUCAGGCAUCCAUGUUGGUGGAGACGUGUGUGUUGCAGAAAAUAAAGAAACAGUUAUGCUUUUU